AUGAAGUUUACGACUGAGGAGGCUGCAGGAGUUCUGGAUAGGGAGAGGGAGAUGUGGGCUCUUCGAAGCAAGCCAGUGCUAGACAGCCAUGCGCUAUCACAAGAUUUUGACGGAUGCCGCAGCAUCAGCGGAAGCAACUGCACAGGACCAUCGCGAGCUUCAGGAGUGGCUGAAGCACAUCCGCAAGAAAGUCCGCGCUGCCCAGCUUCCUGGGGGGCGCGAGGAGGUGAAAGAGGUGCUGACCCAGGUGCUGGGUGGCUGGGAGAAGGAGGAUCCUAUGACGUCCUUGAUGCUGGAGAACCGCGAAAAGUAUUUGGCGGCACUGCAG